UUACACCGAGUGAAGUUAACAUAACCUUAAUUCCUUAAUUUUGAGCGUUUCUGUCCCACGUGUUGCGACGAGUUCUGUAUUUUCAAUUGUGUUAAAAUGUCUAUCCAAGACAAAGUGUUAAUGAGAAAAAUCAAAAAACGUGAAAAGCAAAAAUUGAAGUUGGUACAACAAAAGGAAAAUCAAUUAAUGCAAUCUCUUAAUGAGGAUAUGGAAGUAAAUCAAGGACCACCACUGGUACCAUCGAUUAGUGGGAAAAGACAACCCAAUGAACAUAUAGGACCUGGUCGUAAAAAAAAGAGAAAAAAUGAGAGUGAUUCGAGUGAGGAAGAAGAAGAAGGGGAAGGGACUGAUCCCGAACCAAAUGAAGAACAGAAUACCCUGCCUGGUGCAGAAACGGCAUUGGAAAUUUUAAGUAACUCCAACUUUGACACUUUAAAAAACAAAGUUUGUGAAAACACCCUUAAAGCAAUAGUUGAUAUGGGUUUCACAAAAAUGACCGAAAUUCAAGCAAGGUCCAUUCCACCACUAUUGGAAGGUCGUGAUUUGGUUGGGGCUGCGAAAACAGGAUCAGGAAAAACUCUAGCUUUUCUUGUUCCCGCGGUAGAAUUGAUUUACAAGCUGAAAUUUAUGCCUCGAAAUGGUACUGGAGUUAUUAUUAUAUCACCUACAAGAGAAUUGUCAAUGCAGACCUUUGGCGUCUUAAAAGAAUUAAUGAAAUAUCAUCAUCACACCUAUGGUUUGGUAAUGGGCGGAGCAAGUCGGCAAACUGAGGCACAGAAAUUAUCAAAAGGGAUUAAUAUUUUGGUGGCGACUCCGGGACGUUUACUUGAUCACAUGCAAAAUACCCCGGAUUUUUUAUUUAAAAAUCUUCAGUGUUUAAUUAUUGAUGAAGCAGACAGAAUAUUAGAUAUUGGUUUUGAAGAAGAGAUGAAGCAGAUUAUUAAUCUUCUACCAAAGCGACGGCAAACUAUGUUGUUUAGUGCCACGCAGAGUAAAAAAACUGAAGCUUUAACAGCUUUGGCUUUGAAAAAAGAACCCAUCUAUGUUGGAGUUGAUGAUUCCAAAAGCGAAGCGACAGUUACUGGUCUUGAACAAGGCUACGUCGUGUGUCCUUCAGAGAAGAGAUUGUUAUUUUUAUUUACAUUUUUGAAGAAAAAUUUGAAGAGUAAAAAGAACGAUAAGAAGAAAAUUAUGGUAUUCUUUAGUUCUUGCAUGUCAGUAAAGUACCACUAUGAGUUAUUCAACUACAUUGACCUAGAAGUAAUGUGCAUCCAUGGUAAACAAAAGCAGGCAAAGCGAACCACCACAUUUUUCCAGUUUUGUAACGCCGAUUCGGGAAUUCUACUAUGUACAGAUGUAGCAGCGCGAGGAUUAGAUAUACCAGCAGUUGAUUGGAUAGUACAAUAUGAUCCACCAGACGAUCCUAAGGAGUACAUUCAUAGAGUAGGUAGAACUGCUCGUGGAGAGGGAAGUAGUGGCCAUGCUUUACUGAUGCUGAGACCUGAGGAACUGGGUUUUCUUAGGUAUUUAAAACACGCAAAAGUGCCAUUAAAUGAGUUUGAUCUCAGUUGGAACAAGAUAGCCGAUAUUCAGUUACAGUUGGAAACUUUGAUUGGUAAAAACUACUUUUUGAACAUGUCAGCAAAAGAAGCUUUCAAAGCAUAUGUGCGAGCUUACGACUCUCAUCAUCUUAAAACUAUAUUUGAUAUUAAUACACUUGAUUUAGCUAAAGUAGCUUCAUCUUUUGGUUUUAAAGUGCCACCAGCAAUUGACUUGAAAGUAGGUGUCAAGAAGUCAGAAAGACCGUCAAAGAGAAAAGGUGGAGGAGGAUUUGGUUACUAUAAAAAUAUGAAUUCUUUAUCCAGUAAAGAUUACAAGAAAAACACAGUGUAUAGGCAACCAAGACGAAAAAACGGCGCGAAUUCAUUUAAUUAGAAGAAACAUAUUUUUAUUUUUUUAAUCAUUCAGGUGUUAUAUAUUUUUUUUUGUCAACACAACUUUAUUUUAAAUCAUUAAAAAAAUUGUAAGUGA